AUGGCUCCAGCCUCAAUUAUCGGUGAUAUCGAUGGCGGUGAUGAGGCAAGAACAGCCACCUACCACCCCAGCAUGCUUGUAAUCAUUGACAUUGAUAGCAUUCAAGCUCAUGGUGUAUCGGCAUCGGACAUUGCGAAACUCAAGCUGAAUGGCAUCCACACUGUGACUGGCGUUUUGUCUAUGACAAGGAAGAAGAUGGAACGAAUCAAGGGACUCUCUGAGGUCAAAGUCCUCAAAAUUAAAGAAGCUGCGGCGAAAAUGAUGCCGGACGCGAACGGCUUUGUGACUGCCACUGACUUGGCGGUCAAACGCAAGCAAUGCAUGAAGAUAAGCACGGGAAGCAAGCAGCUUGACACGAUUCUCCUUGGGGGUUUCGAGACUAUGAGCAUCAGUGAAAUAUAUGGCGAAUUCCGUUGUGGAAAGACACAGAUCUGUCACACUAUGGCUGUCAUGGCCCAGCUGCCAAGGGAAAUGGGAGGCGCAGAAGGCAAGGUUGCAUGGAUUGAUACCGAAGGCACGUUCCGUCCAGAGCGAAUUGCGCAGAUUGCUGAGCGCUUUGGUGUUGAUCCAGAGCAAGCUUGUGACAACAUAUGUGUGUCUCGAAGCCUCAACAGCGAGCAUCAGUAUGAACUUCUGGAUGUUCUCGCAUUCAACUUCUGCAGUGGCGAAUAUCGGCUUCUGGUCAUUGAUAGUGUCAUGGCCCUCUUCCGAACCGACUACAGCGGCCGCGGCGAGCUUGCAGAGCGUCAGCAAGCCCUCGGCCAGUUCCUCAAGCGUCUUGCAGCUCUGGCCGAAGAGUUCAACGUUUGCGUCGUGAUGACAAACCAAGUUCAAUCUGACCCUGGAGCCAGCGCUCUAUUUUCCGGUACUGAUGGGCGUAAACCUGUUGGCGGCCAUGUUCUCGCGCAUGCCUCGACGACAAGGGUUCUCCUUCGCAAAGGUCGCGGAGAAGAACGAGUUGCAAAGAUCAUUGAUUCACCAAACUGCCCUGAGCGCGAGGCUACAUAUAUCAUAACCAAUGGAGGCAUCAGUGACCCUGAGAAGGUGUAA